CUGUAUAUAGUAAUGCGCGUAUACUACGUGUUAACAAACGGUCGUUCCGAGCCGACGUUACACUUUGGGACGGGUUUCAAAAGAUCUUUGUUCCCGUCGAGGAAGUGAAUCCGUGGUCGAAUUCAAACGUGUUCGUGUAUACUACACGAAUACCUAACUUUGCGUCGUCUGCAACAACCGGAAGUUGACCGUACAUAAUGUUUCUGGGUGCGCCGGUUUGUGCUAUUUUUCGCUUCACUGACAAAUAGAAACAAUGUAUUGAUUAAUCAUGAUUUAACGAGUACGAUUACAACGCGGAUACACGCGUUUUAUCAGAUUUGUAAAUUUCACGCGGAGCAGGUCCCAUUUUACGUUUUUCUCGUUCACGCGUUUACUAUUAAACGGUUUAUAUUUUCAAGUAUCGAAUACCGAACGCUUCGGAUCAGCUGCCAUGCUAAUUUUCAUUUUAAAAUCUCUAUGUUAGUUGCAGAGUUCUUCGAAACGCUCAAUCUGCAGAAUCUAUCUUGCAUGGUGGAAUAAUAAAAAAAUAAUGUCAGCAAUUUUUUCACGCUGUCAGCAGCUUCGAGAAUAAUAAAUAAAAUAGGUUUCUUUCUUACUGAUUGUGCGUAAGAACCGUCGGUAAGAAGCUGAAUAGCUACGCAACGAGAAGUGGGUCAAAUCCUUUCACUUGUGGGAAUCAAUCCCUCCAAGUGUUUACGAUGAGGAUGAGACGUAUAGAAAGUAACGCAGUCGAAACAGGCUGCACGUUUUCGAAAAGAUCAGUUCGCGUUACAAAAUUAUUCUAAAAUGUCUGUGCGUACUUCAAACUAAUGAAUCACGAUCAAACAAUGAGAUGAGGAUUUGAAUGAAACCGACGGUCCAGUGCAUGUGGGUCGUUGUUGUUCGUAUUUUAAGUUACAGUAUUUUGAGAUUCUAGUAUUGAACACGUUUACUCGUCAAAUCGUCCAAUCAUGAAUAAAACGAAAGAUAAUACCGUCCAAGUAGUAUUUAUUUCUCUACUUCUGGAUCUCUUGGCGUUUACUAUGAUACUGCCGCUAUUCCCGGCUUUAUUAGAUUAUUAUAAAGAAAUAGAGGAUGACCGAGGCAUGUAUUACAAAAUUUUGCAUCACAUACAAAGGGCAAGACAAUUUAUCGAUGCCCCAGAUAGAGUUAAUACAGUACUGUAUGGAGGUUUCCUUGGCUCUAUGUACUCGUUUCUGCAAUUCUUAAGCUCUCCAAUAGUGGGUGCACUAUCAGAUAUGUAUGGAAGAAAGCCAAUGAUGAUAGUCUGUUUAACAGGGAUUGCCUUGUCUUACCUACUAUGGGCUUUGUCCUGCAACUUUACCAUAUUUGUAUUAGCAAGAUUCGUUGGAGGUAUUUGUAAAGGGAAUAUUAAUUUAUCGAUGGCUAUCAUCAGUGACGUCACCUCUUCAAAAUCGAGGGGAAGAGCAAUGGCACUGGUUGGUAUAGCCUUCUCGAUAGGCUUCGUCGCAGGUCCAAUGAUAGGAGCAUUUUUCGCUUGGCUUUCAAGUAAUAACAGGCAAGGGGCUUGGUACAUAAUGCCUGCUGUGUUUGCUCUACUUUUAGCAGGGAGCGAUUUGGGUUUUGUUAUUUGCAAUUUGAAAGAAUCUCUGCCAACAAAUUGUAGAACGAAAAGCCUCGCAUCUGGCUUGUCUGGAAUUCUUACUUACAUCAAUCCCAUAGAUCUAUUCCAAUUUAAUGGAGUAUCUGGGCUAAGUUCGCAAGAGAAAAAAAACUUAAGAACGCUGGGUUCUGCUUAUUUCGUGUAUUUGUUCGUGUACAGCGGCCUGGAGUUUACUUUAACUUUCUUAACUCAUUAUUUAUUUGACUUUACAAGCAUGCAACAGGGAUGGAUGUUUUUGGGAAUCGGAUUAGUUAUGGCAGUUUUGCAAGGAACUUGGGUAAGGACGAUUCCGUCCGACAAAACUAAGUCUGUCGCAGAGUUGGGCUUAUGGCUCAUUAUACCAGCGUUCGUUUGUGUAGGCUUAGCGAAUGAAAUAUUGAUGUUGUCGCUCGGAGUACUUCUAUUCGCAAUUUCUACUGCUAUGGUCGUAACUUGUAUGAUGACUCUAGUUACACGUAUUGGCCCAGAUUAUCAGAAAGGUGCGAUAACAGGCGUGUUUCGUUCCCUUGGAGCUCUUGCUCGAGCUUGUGGACCUGUUGUAGCUUCUUUAGCUUUCUGGUGUAUUGGCAGCAGGGCAACAUAUCUCACUGGUGCGGUGUGCCUUAUACUCCCACCCAUCAUUCUUCGAACGAUCAAAUUAUUUUAAAAUACUUAAAAUAAUUUAUAUUUAAAUGGAUAUUUUUGUACUGUUAACAAGUUUUUUAUAUGUAUUUUAUAGUAUUUGAGAAGUAUUCUUUACAUACACCAGAUGUAUUGUAUCGAAGACAUAAUAUAUUUUA